CCUGCCUGCCAGGCUCCUCGAAGGAACUUCCACCUGAGCUCCCUUCGCUGCUUCUCUUCAGCGGGCCAGCGUCUUUGCCGUCGAUCCACCUGGGUCCCGCCAUGGAGGGGUUGCGGGGUGGCCUGAGCCUCGCCGGGCUCCUGUCUUUGCUGCUCGUCGCCGGCGUCACGAAAGAGGCCAGCGCAGAAAUGUUGUGUGGGGUGCCUGCCCUGGGACGGAUCGUGGGCGGUUCUAAUGCUCAAAAUGGACAGUGGCCAUGGCAGGCCAACCUGAACUUCAAUGGUCAUCAUGCCUGUGGGGCAACCCUCAUUGCCCCCCAGUGGUUGGUUUCAGCUGCACAUUGCUUCCCAAAGGUGAAUGACAUCUCGUUGUAUGAAGUGACCCUGGGGUCCUACCAGCUGAAAAACCCCUCGCCAGACAUCCAAGUGACGCAAAUAGACCAAGUGAUUAAGCAUCCUGAUUUCAAUGAAGACGAAGGCUCUCAAGGAGACAUUGCCCUGGUGAAACUCAAAGUCUCAGUUCCGUAUUCUCGGACCGUACGGCCAAUCUGCCUGCCUGCCUCUUCGGUCAACUUCCCGCAAGGCAUGACGUGCACCGUCACGGGCUGGGGGAAUGUCCAUGAAUCUACGAGCCUCCCUUCGCCCAUGACGCUACAACAACUUGAAGUGCCCAUCAUUGGCCUGGACACCUGCAGGUGCCUGUACAGAAGGAACCCAGAUCCCGAGGAGUCCCACAUCCUCCACCGUGACAUGAUGUGUGCUGGCUUUGUAGAAGGCAAGAAGGAUGCCUGUCAGGGUGAUUCCGGAGGCCCCCUUUCCUGUCUCGUGGAUGGCGCCUGGUUGCUGGCUGGCGUCGUGAGCUGGGGAUCCAGCUGUGGGGCUGCCAACAGACCUGGUGUUUACAUCCGCCUUCCUUUCUAUGCCGACUGGAUUAAGGAAAAAGUUCCAGAAGUACAGCUUCAGCAAGUGACAGUCCCUACAAAUACGGCCCCGGAAGAGGUCUUGUGUUCCAAUUCUACAGGAGGGGGAGGCCCCUAUGAUGACAUUCAACCCUCACCAGGCUGGAACAGGCCCCUCAGCCCAGGCAAGAACCAACCCAACAGUUCUGUUUCCCUAGCCUGCUGGGUUGGUCUACCACUUCUUCUCCUCCUCCUCCAGACCUGCUUGUGGUAACUUUCCACUCCCAUCCCAAGUUGUGCAGGGAAAACAUGGUUGUCUUCCUGUUUUUAUCCUACUGGCGAUGCUCUCCCUACUUCAUAGCCUGCUGUGCUUCAAGCUUUCUCUUUGCAUGCUGGGUGCAGAAAAGGCAGUGUGAUUUGAUUGGGACGUGGUACUGUACCUCCGAAGCCCAAACUGCCUCUCAGGUGGUCAUCGAAUGUAUAUUUUGUAAAUCCACCUGCGGUCUUGGCCUAGCAUACGGCUUUUUUAAAAGUUCACUACUUCUCUCCUAUUCCUGGCUUUUACUCAGAGGAUCUAAUUCAUAAUUUUCCAAGUGUGUUUAUUUUUUGCCCCUUUCCCAUUUCCCUACAACUUGCUUAGCCUUUUUUAAAAAAUCAUAGUCGGAUACAAAUCUGUAAUAAACCUGUUUUUGGGUUUUUUUUUUUGCUGUGGACAUAAUUUCAUAAAUCAGUGGGCGCCUAGUCUCCUUUUUAGGCAAAUUCCUGAACUGCCUUUGGAUAUGACUAAUCUGUUGAGUAGUUGGCACCCUUCUCCGAUUGCAUUCCUCACAUACGUUUUGAAACGUGAUCAGUUUCAAGACAGCUUCCUCUCUGUCCAUGUCUUCCUUUCCUGCUCAUAAUGUGAAUUCUCUUGUAGCCUUCCUAGCAGCUGCUGCGAAGACACGGUCCUCCACAAUAGUUGGACGUUAUUCAAGGACCAAAAUUGAGCCCUUUGAAGAGAAUCGGUCAGCUGAAUCCUUUUCUUCCUUAGGAUUUAAUUGAGAUCGCCGUCUGAUGUCUUGCCCAAGUGAGAGCAGCAUAAUGUACCCUAACGUAAUUUCUCCCUCUUAAAGAUCAUUGCCUUGUCAAGUAGACAAUGCCAUUAGUUAACUUGGAUGAUGGGAGGAUUUUUACAGGGUUAGCAGUUCUACUGUCUUACGUUAUCAUGGUUUCUGCUUAUGUGAAACAGGUCAAGAAUGUUGUUAGUAAGUACAAUGCAACCACCGAGUGAAAAAGGGAUAUAUUCUAUAGGACCACUUCCACCCAUGUUUGAUUUACUUGACCCUCUUCUGGGCUCCCUAUGUGACUUGGUAUUUACCCACCCCUCUUCCUGGUUCACAGACUGAAUAACAGGAGGCUUAGCAGAGGUGCUGGGACUUUUGAAACCAACUUGUUGCCUUUUGAUCGUUGGCUGGGGUGGGGGGGAUUAGGCCCACUUCUCUGUUCUGCUAGCCUUGCAGUUUUGCCCGAUUUAAACCAGAAUUGUGCAGGGGUGGAAAUGCAGCCUCUGGAUGUUUAAUUUAUGAAUCUCUCUAAGGUGGGAUGAGGGCAGAGAUUGUGGGAUGUUCUUAUGUGUGUGGAUACCUCAGGUCAGAGAUACUAUCAGCCUGACAGGUUUAUGGAGCAGCACGGACCCUGAUGUCAAGGCGAUGAAGGGGACCACUUGUUUCCAAGUAUGCUUGGACAGAAAUAACUGCCAGCACGGAUGCAGAAUUAAAAGGAGCGGGACUGCUGAUCGAAAUUCAGUGAUCGAAAUUGCCCUCUUUGGGGGGAAAAGAGGAUUGCGACUUUAGAUAAUUUAUGUUUGCACACACUGAAAAAAAAAAGACUAAUGUACGGAUCAUCUUUUAAGGAAGGAUUGAAAUCAGUUGCUGUUUUUGAAAUGAAGGGUUUUAAAUAAACAGUAAUUCUACACUAA